CAAUGGAUCCACGCAAGCCUCCUGACCUCGGCGACACGACCGGCGUCCAUUACCUGGGACGCGGAAGAGGACUACAGCCCGAGGAUGUGGCUGUAGGACGCAGUAGAGGGUUGCUGCUCUCUACAGAGGGGCCUGGUGUAGGACGAGCCAGAUUUUUCCCCGCUCCUGGCGAUGACCCCCAAGGACAAGGAGUUCCUCGAUCAGUUGGUGAACCUGCAGUUGGACGAGCUAGAGGGCUACUGAUACAACCUGAUGAUUUAGGAGUUGGCCGAGCCAGGGGGCUGCUGUUUUCAGCAGCUGAACCGAAGGUUGGGGUGGCAAGAGGUGCAGUUAUACCAAUGAUGGACCCACAGCAAAGAGAUGCACCUCCAUGUCAACCAGCGGUACCAGACCCAAUAAGAAACACCAGUACUCUGACAACAGAAAAGGGUGACAUGCCCACCCAUGGCCAAGGAUCAUCCCUGGUUUCAUUGUUUAGAGGAAUGGGCAUUGAGACAUCAGUGACUUCAUGGGGAAGAGGAACUUUGUCAGUAGGUAAAGGAGCAGCUGGAGAUAUGGGAGAGAUGAAACUGCUCGGUGCCCCACAAGGUGUCAUCAGCAGCCUGGAGAGUAUCAGAGAGUCUGGAGACAUGGUGGGCCGAGGCAGCAGUUUCCAUGGCCAAGGUUUAUCCCCGCCAAUGAUGGCUGGAAUUGGCAGAACAGCAGUGCCACAGCUUGGCAUAGGAAGAGGACGUCCUUUGCUUCCUUCUUUUCCUCCAGGUGGCAUCAAGUCCGUUGCUCCAACACCUGAGCCACAAACCGCUCCACAGUCUUUGCCUUCCUUUACAGGGACCGUGCCCCUGGUGCCUGCCACUCAGGAUGUCACUGAGCUCUCUACUGUUGCACCAGCAAAGACGGAGCUGAAGAUGGAGGCAGUCUGUGGACCACUGAAUAAAACUGGAACAAAAGGAGCUCCGAUUACCAUUGGGUCAAACCAUAUCCCAGUCAGGUGCAAGAAUGAAGCUGUGUAUCAGUACCAUGUCGUGUUCACCCCAAAUGUUGAAUCAAUGGCGAUGCGUUUUGGCAUGAUGAAGGAUCACCGCUCAACCACAGGGGAAGUAAUGGCUUUUGAUGGCUCCAUACUGUACCUGCCUAUUAAACUGAGCGACGUGGUUAUUCUCAAGAGUUUGAGACGGACCGAUGACGAGGAGAUACAGAUCAAAAUCCAGAUGACAAAGAUUUUGCCACCGAACUCAGAUCUUUGCAUCCCGUUCUACAACGUGGUGUUAAGAAGAGUCAUGAGGAUCAUUGGCCUGAAGCCAGUGGGCCGAAAUCAUUAUGAUCCAGAGAGCGCAGUCAUUCUUGGAAAGCAUCGGCUUCAGGUGUGGCCGGGCUAUUCAACCUGUAUCAAGCGCACAGAUGGAGGUCUGUACCUGUCUGUGGAUGUGUCUCACAAAGUCUUGCGGAAUGACUCUGUGCUGGAUGUCAUGAACAUCUUGUACCAACAGAGCAAAGAAAACUUCCAAGAUGAGUGCACCAAAGAACUUGUCGGCAGCAUUGUUAUCACUCGCUACAACAACCGCACCUACCGCAUCGAUGCCAUUGAGUGGGACAAGUCCCCUAAAGACACCUUCACUUUGAUGAACGGCACACAGACCACUUUUAUGGAGUACUACAGCAAGAACUAUGGAAUUACAAUCAAAGAGCUGAGCCAACCUUUACUUAUGCAUCGGCCAAAAGAGAGGUCCAAGCCAGGAGGCAAGCAAAUCAUUACUGGAGAGAUCCUUUUAGUGCCAGAGCUUUCCUUCAUGACAGGAAUCCCUGAGAAAAUGAGGAAGGAUUUCAGAGCUAUGAAGGACUUGACCAUGCACAUCAAUGUGAGCGGUGAGCAGCACAGCCAGUCCAUAAUGCAGCUGCUGAAGAACAUCAGUGCUAACCCUGAGAGUCUGAAGGAGAUCAGCCGAUGGGGACUGGAGGUUGACAAAGAAGUACUGGUGAUGCAGGGUAGAACUCUUCCCGUUGAAACCAUUUGUCUGCAGUCUUCGUCUUUUGCUACUGGUGCUGAUUUGUCCUGGUCCAGAGAGGUUGUGAGGGAUGCUUCAAUCAGCUCUAUCCCUUUGAACAUCUGGGCCGUCUUCUACCCUCGCCGCUGUGCAGAACAGGCUCAAGAGCUGAUUUCCACCUUUAACAAGGUGACUGGGCCUAUUGGGUUAAGACUGGGCCGACCCAUUCGUGUGGAGCUGAGGGAUGAUCGGACUGAGACUUACGUGAAGAGCAUCCACUCUCAGCUCACCAGUGAGCCAAAUAUGCAGCUUGUAGUGUGCAUCAUAGUCGGCAACAGAGACGACCUCUACAGCGCCAUCAAGAAGCUGUGCUGUGUCAAAAGUCCCAUCCCAUCCCAGGCCAUCAAUGUCCGGACAAUUUCCCAGCCACAGAAGUUGAGGAGUGUUGCCCAGAAGAUACUCCUACAGAUGAACAGCAAGUUGGGCGGAGAGCUGUGGACUGUCAAUGUUCCUCUGAAAAACUUGAUGGUUGUUGGAGUUGAUGUGCACCACGACACCAGCAAGAGGCAUCAGUCCGUCAUGGGGUUUGUUGCGAGUGUGAACAGCUCACUGACCCGCUGGUACUCCAGAGUAACUUUCCAGGCACCCAAUGAGGAACUGAUCAAUGGCUUCAGAGUUUGCUUUCUGGCUGCACUCCAGAAGUACUACGAGGUGAACCACAACUUGCCCGAGAAGAUUGUGGUGUAUCGUGAUGGAGUGUCAGAUGGCCAGCUGAAGAUGGUGGAGCAGUACGAGAUUCCACAGUUGAUCAAAUGCUUUGAGACUUUCCCAAAGUACGAGCCCAAGAUGGCCUUCAUCGUGGUCCAAAAGCGCAUCAGCACCACUCUCUACUCCUGGGCUGCAAACAGCUUUGGCACUCCUCCUCCUGGAACUGUCCUCGAUCACACCCUUACUCAGAAAGACUGGGUAGACUUCUAUCUGAUGGCACAUCACAUACGCCAGGGCUGUGGACUCCCUACUCACUACAUCUCUUUGUACAACACAGCAAACCUCACACCAGACCAUUUGCAAAGGCUGACGUUCAAGAUGUGCCAUUUGUACUGGAACUGGCCAGGCACCAUCCGUGUUCCAGCGCCAUGCAAGUACGCCCACAAACUGGCCUUCCUGUCUGGCCAGUACCUGCACUCUGAGCCGGCCAUUGAGCUGUCCGACAAGCUGUUUUUUUUGUGAGCUGCACUAGUUCCUGCCCUGACCCUGAGUUUUCUUUGACUAAGUUUCCAGUUUAAGCCAAUGUUCCAGUAUGGAAAGUUUUCAUUGAUUUCAUAUGUUUGUAUUUUUAGAGUUCUACAGUAGUUGUAGUGUGGCAGCUUGUAUUUCCUCAUCAUUAGACAGAUUCUUCUAAAAUCUUCUCUCACUAAUGGGAAGAAUGACCAUCAGAAAACUGUGAGUGAUGAAAGAGUAAUGAAAAACAGUUUUAAAUGUAGAGAAUAAAAGAGAAUAAAAAUACAGCGCUGCCAAAGGAAAAAUGUGAUUAUUAUGUACACUGUUAAAAUAAAGUCAAGAAGUGUUUGUGCUGAGUCAGACAGGGCGGAGGACUUCAUCUACAUUACAGGCAACAUUCUGUGAUCUGGGGUUUUGGAUCCAGUGCUGGAAAAACUCCACAUCUGUGACCAGGCCAAGUGGCUGCUAUGCAGAGUAAAACUCUUCUGUUGGGUUGAGAAGAAGAGGGUUUGGUAGAAGGUAAACAUUUAUGAAUCACUGAUUAAUGCUAAACCACUGCAGAGAAAACUGACAAUGUCCUGAACUAAACAGGAUGUUCUGUCUGCUCAUGAUCCUGCUGCUCAUGUUCCAAACAGAAAUCCCUAAGACCAGAAUGUAAGAAAAUGUUCUUUGUUCUAUAUGUGUUUUGAGUGAUCAUGUGUUAAAACUUCUGAGAUCUGUUGUAACCAUGGUGCAUCCAUCUAUCAUCUACACACCACCUAAUCCUCUGUAGGGUUGGGGGGGGGGCUGGAGUCUAUCCCAGCUGACUUUGAAAGCAGGGGACACCCUGGAAAGGUCACCAGUCUAUCAUAGGGCCACAUAGAGAAACAAACAACCAAGCACACCUACAGACAAUCUAGAAACGCCAAUUAACUACGACGUAUUUUUGGACUGUGGGAAGAAGCCGGAGAACCCAGUGAAAACCCAUGCAUGGACAGGGAGAACAUGCAAACUCUCAGAGAUCUGAGAUCCAAACCCAGGACGUUCCAGCUGCCCAGACCUUUGUGCAUCACACUGCAAAACAUAACCUGAAGGAGUAAAUGAAAUCUCCAAAUUGUGUCUAACAAGGUCAAAACUGUUUUACUGAAGAGUGAUGGAUUAAGUAAAUGGGUUCAGGUCAGUUUGGUCCAGAGACUGAUGUUUAUGUUUCAGCAAUUUGAAGAAACUGUCAGAUAAUGCAAACAAUUUAGACCAGUACACUCCUGACAUCUUGUGGCUAAAGUAGUCAUUGGACAGUCACAUCAGAAAAUUAUAUGAUCAGAGACAUGAAAUAUAGGAAAAAAUAGUUUGGAUAACAUACUGACAGUAGACCCUCUUUAAAUUUUUUACUGUACUGAAGAUGUCCUAAAUUUAUAUUUAUUUGGGCAAUUUGUAAAAUGAUACCUUUCUUGGGCAAUAACUUUCAUUGUGUUGAGGCAGUUAAGAAAGAUGAAAAUGAGGAGAAAAAGCAAAGUGUGUGUUGCUGUGAUUGGCGGGGUGCUGCUGAAAACACUAAAGCAUCUAACUUGUGGGCUGAGCUGCUAAACCAGUGGACUCUAAAACAACUGAGUCGACUAGCAUUGUUGGUUCUACGUGUUCAAACUAAACUUUCAAAAACAAACUUUCAGAAGCAAAACAAAAAUGUGGUUUAUACUGUUGAGUUGAAUAAGCUCUCAGUUGCUAUGGCAUCUAGUUUCGAGUAAGUUCCAGCUGAUUUUUGACAGACCAAAAAGAACCUGGAAAGUCCCUUCUUUCUCUGACACCGUUUAAUAUUGUAAAGGAUGGAUCUGGUGACUGGAUAUUUGAUUUUUUUGACCUAAACUUUAAACUAUAUAGGGGAGACCGAGGGAAGUUGAACCAUCGAGCAGAUGAGCAAUGCCUGCUGGCUUCAUCCUUCUAAGAGAAAGUGGGACACUGGGGCCUCCUAACUUUGGCCCUUGACCUACUUCGUGUGUGAUUUCUUUUCUGAAGCACUUGGAUUGGACAAUUGCAAAAAUCAUCAUUUAGGAGUAGGGCUGGUAUCCAAAUAUUCGUUCGCUACGGCGGUAUCCAGAUAUUGAUUUUGGUAUCCAAUAUUCAAACUUCUCAACAGUAUCUGGGACCUGCCUGGUGUGUUCCUUGGUCUUCAUGAUGCUCUCUGCACUUUAAACAGAACCCUGAGACUAUCACAGAGCAGGUGCAUUUAUACGGAGACUUGAUUACACACAGGUGGAUUCUAUUUAUCAUCAUCAGUCAUUUAGGACAACAUUGGAUCAUUCAGAGAUCCUCACUGAACUUCUGGAGUGAGUUUGCUGCACUGAAAGUAAAGGGGCCGAAUAAUAUUGCACACCUCACUUUUCAGUUUAUUUGUUAAAAAAGCAUAAAAUAUCCAAUAAAUUUCAUUCCACUUCA